CCCACCUCUGUGUGCAACUCAAAAUGUGGACACCGCCAGUACAUGGAGCCCAUACCGGGGGACCCUUGCUGUUGGCACUGUAAGGACUGUACGACCUACGAGUACCGCCCCGUGGACACCAAGUGAGUUACCGACCUUUGUUUGUUUCCAGUUUCUUGAUAUCAGACCGGCUUCUGAUCAACUUGAAUUCAAGUUUGCUUGUUGUUUUAUUUGACGGGGGAUUUUAACAUUGUCUGUUAGUCUACGCGUCUUGAGAGAUUUGUUUCACCUUUAAGUAGAACCAUGCCAGUUUUAGAACCACUUCAGUUCUCGUAUUCAAUGAAGUAUUUAAGGAUUCUAGAUUAAGCAUAAUAUCUAAAACGGUGUAUGUGGCAAUCUCAAUAUUCGCGAACCACAUAAUUGCACAUGUAAAACCGAUAUAUCUGAUGGUAGCUGUAAUUAGAAUUCCUUUUUUUUUUCUAUUUCAGAUGCGUGGAAUGCCCAUCAGGCACAGUCCCUGGGGCCAACAUGACCUACUGCAUGGAGAUCCCUCCUGUCUAUCUACGCUACACCGACGCCAUCGCGCUGGCCGCCAUGGCGUUCGCGUCCCUCGGUAUCCUGGCGACCACCACCACGGCGGUCAUCUUCCUCAAGCACAACGACACCCCGGUGGUCAAGGCCUCGGGGAGGGAACUCAGCUUCGUCCUGCUUCUCGGCAUCUUCCUGUGCUACACCAUGACUUUCCUCCUCGUCUCCAAGCCCACCAAGUACGUCUGCGGGUCCCAAACCGUCGGCAUCGGCUUCUGCUUCUCCGUGUGCUACUCGGCCAUCCUCACGAAAACCAACCGGAUAUCUCGAAUAUUUCGCGCGGGGAAGCGCACGGUGAAACGUCCGAAAUUCAUCAGUCCGGAAUCGCAGCUCAUCAUCUGCGCGAGCCUGGUCGCCUGCCAGAUCAUCGUCAGCCUCAUCUGGCUGCUGACCAGCCCGCCCAAGGCCAUCUCCUUCUACGCGAGGCGCGAGGACCACCAGCUGGUCUGCGAGGCCGCCAUCGGGUUCGCGUACAUGAUCGGCUUCUCGUACCCCAUCUUCCUCGUCCUGGUGUGCACCAUCUACGCGGUGAUCACCCGGAAGAUCCCGGAGGCGUUCAACGAGUCCAAGUACAUCGGGUUCACCAUGUACACGACGUGCAUCAUCUGGGCGGCGUUCGUUGUCAUCUACCUGAGCACGUCGCACAACAUCCAGGUGCGCAUCGCCACCAUGUGCUUCUCCAUCAGCCUGAGCGCCACCGUGGCGCUCAUUUGCAUGUUCACGCCCAAACUUUACAUCAUCAUCAUGAGGCCGGAGCGGAACGUCCGG